UGUAGUAUAAAAUUACCAAAUUAUUGAAAAAUAUACAUUUGCUACAACAUCACGACUUUGCAGCUCCUAUUGCAAAAUAUAGUAUAGAAGCCUUUUGAAAAUUUUGUACAUAAAAAAUAUUUUAAAUCAAAAUUGUUACUCUCGGGUUUAGCCCUAAGAAAACUGGAAGUGAAUUUUGAUCAAAUGCCUCAUCUAAUCAAACAAAAUGUAGAUUCUCUACGAGAAUGAAAAAUGCUUCAGAAAAAUUUCUCAUGGACCAGAAGGAUCACUUGUUUGGCAAAUCAAGUCCAAAGUCGAAAAGCCAUAACCGAGUUUCGUCAACUGCAGAAGUCUGGGCAAAAAAUAACUGAAUUUCUUCUCUCAUCAGUCGUCAAGGUCUGUGGAAGAGUUGAAGCUUUACAAGAAGGAAAGCAAGCUCAUUGCCUGAUACUGAAACUUGGGUUCAAUGCAGAUUUGAUUCUAAUGACAACCCUUCUUGACAUGUACUCCAAAUGCACCAACAUUCAAGAAGCUUGCCGGGUGUUCGAGGAAAUGCCCCAAAGAGACGUAGUUGUGACUAACAGUAUGAUUUCUGGGCUUUGCAGGUGUCACUUACCAUCGUAUGCAAUCGAUUUGUUUACCAAAAUGAAUGAAUCUGAGAGAGAUGUUGGUACUUGGAAUUCGCUGAUUUCGGGCCUUGGACAGAAUUUAGAAGGGAGGACUGCGUUGAUUAUCUUUGGGAGGAUGAGAGUGGAGGAUGUUGAAGUUGAUGUUAUGACAAUGAUGAGCAUUCUUUCCAUUUGUGCCGAUAUGGCAAUGAUGGUUCAUGCUCAACAAGUUCAUGGGUUGGUGAUUAAAUCUGGGUUUGAGCAGUAUUUACCAGUGGGAAAUGCCAUUGUUGACAUGUAUGCUAAGUGUGGAUGUAUGGAUGAUGCCUGUUUAUGUUUUCAGAACAUGCCAUUCAAGAAUGUGAUCUCAUGGACCUCUCUGAUUUCUGGUUAUGCAAAGCAUGGAUUAGGGAUUGAAGCUCUGAAGGCAUUCCAACAAAUGGAAAUGGAAGGUGUUGUGCCAAACAAAAUCACAUUCUUGGGUACUCUAUAUGCUUGUAGCCAUGCAGGAUUGUUACAAGAAGGAUGGAGUAAUUUUACAACCAUGGUACACAAAUACUUGAUCACCCCAACGAUGGAGCAUUACACGUGCAUGGUUGAUCUCCUUGCUCGAGCUGGGCAUCUGGAGGAGGCUCAUGACUUCAUAGAGAGGAUGCCAAUAAACCCGGAUGCAAAGCUUCUCACAGCAUUUCUCAGCUCAUGUUGUCAUCACAAGAAUGUAGAGCUAGCUAGGACUGUUGGGCAGAAACUACUUCAGUUACAACCUCAGGAAGCAGGAGCCUACAUCUCACUGUCAAACUUUUAUGGACUUGUUGGGGACUUGGAAGGUGUUGCCAAUGUGAGAAGGCUGAUGUUAGAAAGGGGAAUAAGGAAAGAGAAGGCCUGUACUUGGAUUGAAAUUAGCCGAAAAGUUCAUAGCUUUGAAUCAGGAGACAGGUCUCAUCCUGAUUACCUAAAGAUCUGUAAGUACUUGGAAGUUCUUAUUCAGAAAAUGAAGAACAUUGGGUAUGUCCCCAACACAAGUAUGGUGGCCCAAAAUGUGGAUGAGCUAACCAAAGAAGAGAUACUUCUUGGUCACAGUGAGAAGCUGGCCAUUGCACUUGGGCUCAUGAGCACGCAUCCCGGUACAUGCAUCUUGAUAGUUAAGAACCUUAGGGUAUGUGCAGACUGCCAUGUCUUUACAGGGUUGAUCUCAAAGAUUGAAGGGAGGGAGAUAAUUGCAAGAGAUUCCAGCAGGUUUCAUCAUUUCAAAGGAGGAGUAUGCUCUUGUGGAAACUACUGGUGAGGGCCAAAUCAAUAUUAGUGAUUGCAGUAUGAUACAACUGUUGUAUAUUUACAGAGGAGAAUGAUAGAAAAUUUUUUCUAUUCAAUAUCUAUUCGGCUUUCA